AUGAGUAACUCGACUGCGCCGCCCGAGUUCACCGUAUUCGACCUGCCGCCGGACUCUCGGGGCAGUGUGCUGGUCAAUGUCAAUCUCGCGCUCAUUGUCAUUUCUAGCACAUUGCUGUUUACUCGAUUAUAUGUCCGAGGGUUUAUGGUGAAGGCUCUUGGCUUGGACGACUUGCUCGCCACGAUCGCAUAUUUAAUACUAACAACGCAAUCUACGCUCGAGAUCCUGGCUGUAGGAGUUGGGUCUGGUACCCAUAUGGAUGAUGUCCCUCCAGAGAGAAUACCGACAUUUUUCUCCUAUCUUGUUACAUUACAGCUAUUGUUCUUCUGGGCGACGUGCACCGUGCGGCUCUCCAUAGCAGCCUUCUACCCACGUCUGAGCCAGGAUAGAAAUUAUCUUAGAUGCAUUUACUUGGUCGCCUUUGUCAUCAUAGCAAUCACGCUGACUGCAUUCUUCUUUGAGCUGUUCGAAUGCAAACAUAUCCCCGAUUUGUGGGACAUCACAGCACCCGGGCGACAGUGUCUCGACAAGAGCAAGGAGGCGCCAAUGAUGUGGUCGCAUAGUGCCGUCGGCAUAAUUAUCGACAUUUCACUCGUCAUUCUUCCUAUCUGGGUCAUAUAUGCCAAAAUGAAGUUUUCGGCCAAAACGGUUCAGGUCAUCCUCGUUUUCUGUAUCGGUAUUUUUGCCAUCAUCACGGGUAUCGUGCGCUUGAUCAUCAACGUCAAGACAGAUUUUACUACUGAUACAACUUUCAAAAUGGCUCGGGUAGCGCCGUGGACCGACAUCGAAGGCCAUCUUGGAUUAUGGACGGCUUGUUUCCCAGCCCUUCAGCCGCUCAUCCGACUGGCAAGUUACAAGCUGGGACUGAGGUCGACGCUUAGCAGCACUGCGAAACGAUCACGGACGGCGGGUGCCAGCGGCGGCGCACAAAAGUGGCUCAGCAGCGGAAGCCAUCACCGGAGCGCGCUGAGGUCGCACGGUUACAUGAGUUUCAGCAGCGGCGACGACUUCAAGGUCGAGGACACGCGCAGUGCCGUUGUCGUGGGCGGCGGUACCGGUACCGGUAUCAACGGUGUCAGUGCUACAGACCUUGAGCUACGAGAUCUGGAAGCUGCCCGGAUCCUCGACCGCGACGGCGGCGAGCACACCGACCCCUCCAGGAAUGUCAUCUUCAAGAGAACCGACGUCAAGGUGCAGAUUGUGGACGCCAAUGACCACCCUGACAGUUGA